AUGACUGGCAAAACACAGACCAGCAACGUCACCAAUAAGAAUGAUCCAAAGUCCAUCAACUCCAGAGUCUUCAUUGGCAAUCUGAACACAGCCAUUGUCAAAAAAGGUGACAUUGAAGCAAUCUUUGCAAAAUAUGGGAAAAUAGUUGGCUGCUCAGUGCACAAAGGUUAUGCAUUUGUACAGUACAUGAGUGAGAGGCACGCAAGGGCUGCAGUGGCAGGAGAGAACGCCAGGAUCAUUGCAGGGCAGCCACUAGAUAUCAAUAUGGCAGGAGAACCAAAACCAUACAGACCAAAACCUGGCAACAAGCGACCACUUUCAGCACUUUACAGACUUGAAUCAAAGGAGCCUUUCCUGUCCGUUGGUGGUUAUGUCUUUGAUUAUGAUUACUACAGAGAUGAUUUCUACAAUCGGUUGUUUGAUUACCACGGCCGUGUCCCCCCACCACCCCGUGCAGUGAUUCCACUGAAGCGUCCUCGCGUGGCUGUGACAACAACUCGCAGAGGCAAAGGGGUUUUCUCUGUGAAAGGAGCAUCACGAUCCACCUCAAGUGGAGCUUCUUCCUCAGGAUCCAAAUCACCCACCUGUCUUCCCCUGCCCCUUAUGUGGAGUGAUACUGUCCUUGGAAGCGUCACUGGAAGAGGAAGAGAAAGAUCAGUGAAAUCAGAUGAGUUGCAAACAAUCAAGAAGGAAUUAACCCAAAUCAAAACAAAAAUUGACUCCUUGCUAGGGAGACUGGAAAAGAUUGAAAAGCAGCAAAAAGCUGAAGCAGAAGCUCAAAAGAAACAAAUGGAAGAUAAUGCUGAUUUGAUUCAAGAGGAAUGCAUAUCAGAGAAUGCAGAUAACUCUACAGAAGAGCCAAUUGAAGGAGGGCCAGAUGCAGAUGGGGAUGGAGAAGAUAUGACUGAUGGGAUAGAGGAGGAUUUUGAUGAGGAUGGCAGCAAUGAGAUGUUUCUACAGAUCAAGUGAUGGAAUGUUG